AUGAAUAAUGUUACAGAUGCCUUAGCAAGGAAUGUUGAUAAAUUAUCAACCAAAUUGGAAACUUAUAUUGAAGCAAAUCAAAAAUAAGAUAGUUUAAGAUAUAUCUAUUUUAAUGGUAUAAAUUUGGCAUCAAAAGUUUCAAAUUAGUUGAAUAUUUAAAAAUUAUCUUCUGAAAAUUUGAGAAUAUUAUAGUAAGUGUAUGAAAAGUUAAACCAUUGUAAUCAAUACGUCGUUAGAAAUGCUGGUAUGUGGUUUUUUGGCAUCAAAGUGGUGGACAAACGAGUCAUUUAUCUCCAAACUGCGACCAUAAGUUUAAGUAAAAUUGAAGAAGAAAUUAAUAAAUUUAAAGAAUAAUUCUUUCCUAAUAUGCUAUUCUGA